AUGAGGUUUCUCUGUCUUUGUGGAGCAUAUGGAAGCUCAGAUAAAUUUAGAGUGCAACUGGCUCCUCUAAUUAAGGAAUUAGCGUCUGACGAGGCCGCCGAGUUGUUCUUCGCUCAUGGUCCAGUUGACGCCUUCCCCCCCGAAGGGUAUGAGGAUUAUUUUGGGCCGGGGCCACAUUAUCGAUUUAUAAAGCCCGGUAACACAGAAGACGGGGGAAGUGACCUUCUCGACCGCAUUCGAAAUUUCCCCAAAGGCGCAACCGCAGAAGAUCAAAUGCGAGAAUUGAUGAGGGGUGGAGUUGGUUCCAUUCCUAUCCCAAAUGCCGAUGGAAGUUAUGGUGAUGAGAGUGCGCAGGAUGCCAUGGAGUAUUUAUACGAUAUCAUGCAAGAAGAGGGUCCUUUCGAUGGAAUCAUUGGAUAUUCAGAGGGAGCCACUGUUGCAGGGACACUAUUGUUGCACGAACAAAAGAGAUUCGAAACCGAAGGAAGACCACCGAUGUUCAAAUGUGCUGUUUUCUUCGCUGGAUGGCCUCCAAUGACACCUGAAUUUGAUGGAAUUGUUCUUGCGGAUGAAACAGACUUGACAAUCACCGUUCCAACUGUUCAUAUCAUUGGGUCGCUAGAUCCAUAUCUGGCAGGUUGUAUCUCACUCUACAAUGUGUGUGAUAUUGACAAUGCAUACCUCUUCGAUCACGGAAAAGGUCAUACUUUGCCCAGAGAUCCAGAGACAGUUCGAGAGCUUGGAAACAUCAUACGCACAAUGGGCUCAGAUAUUGGGCUCUUGUGA